AUGCUCUUCAGGGCUGCUCUCGCCUUCUUCUUUGCCUCCGUGGCUCUCUCCUUUUGUAACCAACUUUUCGCCGUCCUGACCGACCAGAUUGAACCUGCGGCCCUUUCGGGAAGCUCCUUUGGCAUGAUCAAGGCCAUGGUUCAGUGUUUUAUACUAAAGUCCCUUUUCGACGAUAUGGCAGUCAUAUUUGCUCUGCUGGCCGUGGGCGGCGUCGCCAGCGGCAUCCGCCUCAUCCACCUCGGCGGCAGGUCAGCAGCCGACGACAUGCUACGAACAGCAUCAUACGUCUUGGCCGCCAUACUAGGCUGCAUUAAUGCCGUCAUUUUCGCAUUGAGCCAGUUGGAUUUCCAGAUGUUAUACUCCAAACCCGAGUUAGCUUUUUUGAGGACCUGGCUGGGCAAGAACCCGCAGUCGGUGCUGGCCGCAAGGCUUCUCACCUUUGUGAUGCUCGCCACUCAGUCGGCUUUUGCUUUGGCGCUGUUCGUGGGCUCGGUCGUCAAUGCUGUGCUGACCAGGUCAGAUCAAGGAGUGAAGACGGCCGCCAAAUAUCUCCUCGUCUGUUGUGUUUUGCUAGUACUCAAGACUUCGUUCACCAUCAGCAUCUGGGUAACAUCAGUCCCCUUGGGCUCAGGUCGAGAAGAUUCCGAUGGGAAGGAGCCGUUUGCGAAGAAUUCUCCUGGCCUCUAUUUUCAAAUCCUCGAAGUUGUCCUUAGUGUCUGGCCCUUCUUCGUCCUUCUCGUCCUCCUGUUUUCCCUUGCAGUUAAGAAGCAAGAUGGACUCUGGGCCACUCAUCAACCGUUCAUGAUGGAUUGCCAUUACGCAGAACGCGCUCCCCAGCAGAAGGCAUGGGACUGCUGCCAUAGCUUGGAGAGCCAACAGUCCAUGAGGCAGACCCGCCAGCGAGCGCACGAGCUCUCCGGGCACUUUUACACGCCCGAGAUGCCAGUUCAGCCCCCAGAGCUACACGGCUUUCAGCUUCCGCAUGAGCUCUCUACACAGCAGCGCCUGUUCCACCAACCCCGGUACGAGAUGGAAGCGCAGGCUUUCCCGCCAGCUUAUGCGCCUCCUGGAUCAACUCGGGGUCAUUAG